GCGCAACCACCACCUUCUCUUCUCUCGAGGUUCCCUCGUGCAAGUAGCGAGUAAAAUGGCCGCCCCUAACAACAAGAAGGAAUAUGGUUACUGCAUGGGGAGGAAGGUCGACACCCGCGCCUUAGAAAGUUAUCGGUACUACUUGUCUCUACGCACCGUUUUAGAGAUGCUUAAUGACCGAGGCUAUGACAUUCCCUCCUCUCAACUCAGUCGCUCACUGGCUGAGUUCCGUUCGAUUUUUGGAGACAAACCUGACAUAGAACGACUACGUUUUGACUUUCCUCUCCGUUCCAAACCCUCCAAAAAGAUGCUGGUUUUGUUCUUGGGAACUGACGAAGUCAAAACACAAACUGUUCGACAUAUUUUUGGUCAGAUUCUAAAUAGAGAAAAUAUACAGGGGCUGAUGCUAAUCUUGCAAAGCAAAAUGACCCCUAUUGCUAAAAAUGAAGUCAAAAAAUUUCCAUUUAAAGUUGAGAUUUUCCAAGUAAGUCACCGUUUUAAACUUCCAUUCUAG